UUUCAAACUUGUUGUCAAAAUAUCAGAAUAUUUUGUAAAAAUUAAAAUUGUUUUAUGAAUCCAAAUUUUAAAAGCAAGCCCAUCCUACAUAAAUUGAAUGGUGAUAUAACAGAUCGCAGAGAAAUGACCACAUCGAAUUUAAAUCAAUUUGUGAAGAGAAAAAUUAACAUUGAUCCCCAGCUUUUGUCCAAAAAUACCAAUCAAAUUGUUAGCACUUGCAUUAAAAAGUUAUAUGAGCAAAUCCCAGAGCAAUAUCGCCAUGGCUUGCAACAAAUUAAAGCUGCUUCAGCACGAAUGGAAAAUAAAGCUCCCAUAAGGAUGUUCAAGGAGGAAACCGAGAGGGAAUUGCAACAACAAAAAGCCAAGCGUUUGAGCUCGAGUUCGAAGAAAUACAUGGCCUCAAAUGUGGAUGAGUCGCAUUUGUUGCAUAGCAUUAUGAAGGUUAGCAGAAAACGUUUGCUCACGAAUCAAACGCCAGAGGGUAGUAAAAAGCUGCUUAAACCCCCCACCUAUAAGAUAUACCAACAGCGACGUUUUGGUUCGAGUGCCAGCAGUUCCAGUAGCCGUAGUGUCUUUCGAAGGCAGGAGCCUGCUACCCCGGUGGGACAUAAUAAAUCUGGACUUUCUUCACAUGCCUUGAGGCAAUUGAAGAAAUCUUUUACCAUGAUCCAUGGAGGAGGUGGCGUAGCAGCUAAAAAAUCCAAUACCACCAUAAAUCCCAAGGUUUUCGCCUCCCUGGUCCAACCCAGUAAAAAGAAGUCAUGCCACAUGUUUAAGGGUUUAUCCACCAGAACAAAACCUCUGCAAAUGGAAUCGAAUGUUGAAAACAAUUUAAUGGCAAUUGAGGAAAUUCUCGGCAAACGCAUGAAUCCCUCGAAGAAAAAUCCCAUUGGCAAACCCCUAAAACCUUCCAUGGUAUGGGAUUAUCCGCCAACUCCCCAGCUCUCGCAUUGUCGUAAUGAACAAAAUUUUGCCAAUCGAGUUUUGCAACAACAAUUUAAACAGCUUCAGCAGGCAUUGCAGGAGAAACUAUCCUCAAAUGAACAGCCAGAGCACACCCCACCCCUGCCCUGCCAACUCCCCUGCCGGGAAUCCCUCAAAAGGCAACGUUACACAAAUCCCGUGGUAAUUAAACGGGAAACAGUUCGAACGAAUAGCAUUUCACCAAAUCAACGGCAAGUCUAUGUGAAAUGUAAGCCUCUGUCCGAGUUGCAAAGACCACAAAUUCCCGAGUUAUGGAGCCGCAACAAUGCCAAUGCGAGAAGUUUUAAUGCAAACGGCAAGGAGAAUGUGUUCCAUGUCCAUGGUCUGCCAGCCAUGGUGGGCAAUGCUGCCACGGGCAGCAGCAUUGGCCAACGUAAUCAAAACAAUCGUUACGCAAAAUUGGCAGCAAAUGUGCAUUAGCGAAUGUUGUUUAUCCUUCCAUCAACCACCCACCCCUCAACCUGCUUGUGAUAUGUUUACGUGGAGAGACUUGGCGAGUAGAUGUGUGUGUGUGUGUGUGUGUCUCUCUAUCGACAUAUGAGUGUUUUGCUUGGGAAAACUGCAAAGUUUUCUUUUGCCAAAACUACAGCUGUUGAUAGAUGACACAACAUUUCUCGCAUCAUCUGGUAAACAUGUUUGCUCUCUCCCACACCCACACCACACCCACUACUCUCAUUUCACAAUAACCAACCAACCAACGAACCAGUCAGCCAGUCAACCACCCGGCCAAACAGCACAUUUGUGUCCCGAUGACACUGCUGCACAACAAUAACGGCAAUGGUGUUUUCUUUCGGACUCUCUUUGAUUUGCGAUUUUGGAAUUAUGUGACAAUUGUGACGCUUUCGAUGGCUGAAUGGUUCGAUGGAUGGAUGGAUGUAUGGUUUGAUAGAUGAAUGAAUGUAUGACAGACAGACAGCAUGAAUGGAAGGUCAAACAAAUAAAUGAAUGAUGUGAAGACAAGCAAAGCAAAUGUCUUUAUUUUUUAUUACAUUUUA